AUUUAAUUGAAAAUGAAGAAAUUAUGAAGAAACGCAAACAAGAAGAAGAAAAUGAAAAAAAAUGGGAAAUUUAUCAAAGAAACAAAAGAGAUGAAUACAAUAAAGUAAUGGAUGAUAAAAAAUUACAAAAUGAACGGAUUAGAAAGAAGAAAAUAGCUGAUGAAUUGAAAAGACAAAUGAAAGAAAAUGAAGAUUUACGUAAAAAAGAAAUGAUCGAAAAUGAUGAUUCAAUUUACACCACAGAAGCUCUCAAAAAGAGUAAUGAAAUAAUUUUAGCUUAUGGAAAACAAGUUUUAGAAGAAUCAACAGGAAUUCGACCUGUAUUUCCUAUUAUUAAAGUUAUUGAGCAAUUCAAAAAAGAAAAUCGACUUGUACCAGCAAAAAAAUAUUACAGAAAUGAAAAUUCAUUAAAAAAUUGCAAUUGUUUGACGAACAACGUAGAGUUGAAGAUUACCAGCCAAAAUUAA